AUGCAGAGCAGAACAGGGGGCCACAACAUCAGCAGCAUCCAGAAGGAUCAGGCGUACCUCCACUCCCACAACGUCCGCGGUAUAAUCGAGAGGCUCGUCGCUGACGUACUCCGCGAUAAACCAGAGAACGCCUGUGAGUACAUGGCGCAGUGGGCAGCCAGGCAGAGGGCGGCAGCGGCAUCCACGGCAGACACACACCCCACGACGUAA